AUGAGCAGCCGCCAAGGCGAGUGGCAGCGCGUGCAGGACGCGCAGGGGCGCUAUUUCUACGUGAACCACGCGACCCGCGAGACGUCAUGGCACUUGCCUACAGCUGAUCUUCCACCGGGCUGGGAGGAGCUCAUUGACGGCCAGGGACGAGUCUAUUUUGCGAACCACAACUCGCGUACAACCACGUGGAUGGACCCCCGUGUGGCCGCCGCCCGACGCCGUACACGCGGCCAGUCGGUGGCGUCAUCGCGAACUCCGUUAAGGAAUAAUAUUCCUCCGGUUGACAAUGCUAGAGAACGCUCACCGACGUACGAGGACCCGCGACGCGCGUCCGGCGGCAGCGCCGGAUCCCGUUCAGACGCCGCCAGCAACAGCUUCACUCGCAGCGGCAAGAGCAGUGGAGGCAAUUUAUCGGCGGGCUCUCCGUCGUCAUUGGGUGCUCCGAGGGAUACGGCCGACCAAACGAUCCGGAUGAACACGUCCACGCUUCUGGAGAGAUACAGGGACGAGGCCAAUCUGGGCGACACAGCGGUGAUGCAGACCACCGAGUCGACAGCGCUGCCCGUUGAUGCUGAGGAGUGGUUCACAGCCCACUCGGAGGAUUUGUCGAGGCGCUCCAGUGGAGAGAAGAAGGAAUCAGAGCUGGAACAGGCGACGACGGAGAAGGAGGAGACGUCGUCUGCGGACCACCACCAACAGCAACAGUUGCGAGUGUCGGGUGCGCGAGGCAGCAGCUUCAACACGGGCGACGUCCAGAUGGUGCUGCGACGUUAUUUCGCGCCGAACUUCGUGCGCGACGACGAAUCCCCGGCGUGUCGGCAGUGCAGUAUGCGAUUCGGCACCUUUCGGCGCCGUCACCACUGUCGUCUUUGCGGCAAUGUUUACUGUGCUGACUGUACGACCAACAAAGUGAAGCUUCCCAUUGAAGCUCCUUCGUACGACAAGGAACAGCCAGUGUGCACGCGCUGCUUCCGCAACGUGCAAGCAGGCGAUUUUUUCAGUAUUGUGGGGCUACGUCACAAGCUGGACGAUCCGUCGUCUACUGUCGAUGACCGGGUCGAACAGAUCAUGCAACUGGCCAUGACUUUGUCGGCUGGGCGACCGGAGACGGACGGGAACAUGGGACUGCAUCGCGUCGCACAGCUCAACGACGUGGAAGCAGCUGGAGGUGUGGCGUCCUUUUGCCAGUUGCUAAAGACUGAUGUUGAGCCACUGCAACAAGCUGCACUGGAGAUGCUGGCGAACCUGAUUGAGCUUGAGAACAGCGCCGGCAAUGAACUGUCGGCUGGCGAGGCCUUUGCGAACUCAGGCGCGUGUGCGCAAUUGGUGAAAGUCAUGGGGAACCGCGUGAUGGAGCAGCAGCUAGGCCGCAGCGUGCGUCCGGAGGUGGAGCGCAUGGCUCUUCGUCUUGUGUACCACCUCUGUCAGUCGACAACGUGCCAGAACGCACUGCGCAGAGCUGGUGGAGGCUCCCGAUUGCUGGAAUUGCUGUCGGUAGACUCGCCCUCGUCUCUGGAGAUGCGCGUGGAAGCGGCGCGUUGUCUGAAGCGUUUUGUGCAGAAGAAUGCUGAGAACAUCACCGAAAUGACUCAAAACAAGGGCGUGUCGUUGCUGUGUACUCUACUGGGAGACUUUAUCGAGCUGCGCGCUGGCAGCUCUUUAGGCAAUAGCGGAGUUGAAGUGCCUCGAGAUGAGUCGCAUGAAGUCGGGAUGGAGGCCAUUCUGAGCACCAUCUGUGAAUGUAUCCACUUUGCAGACAAUGGAGCGUCACAGGUGCAACGUGGCGUGCAGCAGAUUCCUUCGGACAGCAUCCACUCGUUCGUUACGGUGCUGCAGAAGGGAGAUCGCGUGAACCGCAUGCUGGCGUCACAAGUUUUGAUUCAGGUGUCGAAGGAGCCGUCGCUCAUUACGAUCUUGGCCAAGGAGCAGGAAUUUAUCAAGGAAAUCAUGUGGAUGCUCGAUAGUGACGAAGACUACACUGUCGCGUCGGAAAUUCUGUGCGGGCUUUGCUCCACGAUGCCUAAGCAGUCUCUGAGCGAUACUGCCCCUGGAGAGAACGUGGAGGACGCACACGAGCAGGUUCUGAAGGUCAUUUACGACUUGGAAGUGUUCGAUCUUGUGCUGAAGAAGCUGAACGCUUGCGUUGUGGGCGAGAAGCAGCUUGUGGGUGAGAUCACGUUUCAGAGGAAUUUACUUGGAAUUACAAUGAGCUACAGCGCUGAGUCUGCGGCGUACGUGGACUUCAUUUGCUCGCGCAACUGUGUGCCCACUCUGUCGGCCUUCUUGCUGUCCCGCAAGGAGCGACUGAUCCCGCUGUGCGCGCAGACUUUGAUGAAUCUCUGCGAGUUCAACCCCAGCAUCUUCGACGAACUGUACGACCGAAACGUGUCAGAUUUCUUCCAUCGUCUACUGCAGACACCUCCCGACGAGAAUCGGCUCUCAGCUCUACGUUAUUUCCGCGCUCUUGUUGACAACAAGCGGCCGUUCUCUGUUGGCGUACUGGACACACUCUUCCUGAUGGCGUCCGGGAGAGACGAGGUACUGAAGGCCGGCAGUCUGGACGUGCUUGCCCAUCUGAGCGGUGUCAAAUCCAUUGAAGCUGUGCUCGAGCCACUGGAGGAGCCUCCGACUCCGGAAAUUGGGGAAAUGGUGCAGAAACUACAGGAACGCGUCGUUGGUGUGGCGUAUUUUCCCGUUCUGAUGACUAUCGCGUGCUCUUCAGGCGAUACGGAUAUGCGCAGCAAUGCUAUCAAGUGUCUAAGCUGUGCUGUUGGAGGCGGAGAGGAGCUCGUUGCUCGCAUGCUCGACCAAGAGAUGCUGCGGGCCUUCUGGAUGGGUCUGCGUCGAUGGAUGGACGUGCCGGCAGAUGAACUUACACCCGUGGAGAUGCAGCUAAACAAGGCUCUGUUGCAGCUCUUGUACUUGGUGCUGAAGAUGGCGUCUUCACGUAUCGCGUCCAUGGGCGAGGACCAAGUGACGAACCUUGUGACUGUCGUGACGGAAUUCAUCGUGUCGCAGCCCAGUCGACUGGUCAUGGGCAUCCGUAUCAUCCGUCUUCUUAUCACGCACGCUGCGUGGAAAGAUUCAUUUGUUGCGCUGUAUGCUGUAGAAUCGACCUCGACGGGUCUCAAGUUCUUGCAAGCGCUCAUGAACGGCAUCGAACAGUCCAGCAUAACGGCGAAAGAGGACAGUGAGAACACAGUGUUCGACGACUCGGUCGCUGUUUUGAAGGAGCUCAUCAAAGACCCGCAACAGUUCGAGGAAGACGACGACCAAGGUGGCGUUGCGAUGGCCAACGAUGCGAUUGUCAACCUGAUCAUUAGCGCCGGUGUCCACAUUUCGCUGCUUGAGCUACUGCGGGACAACGCUGUGCGAGAAAGUAUCAGGAAAACACAAGGCUCGGUUGACUCCGAGGCGGAUGAGAAGAGCGAGGAGAGUCACGAGUACGUGGUGACCCGAGCGCUCGAGCUUUUGGACCUACUGGCACGCUCGCGUCGGAUUCGGUUGCUCAUUCUGGAGGCUGGCACCGCCCUGGACGCCUUAGUGACUGCGUAUGAGGCCACAACGGACGACUACGCAGAGUCGUCGCCCGCACGUCAACUGAUCGCUCAGGAUCUCGGCCGAAUUCUCAUCCACUUGUCCAGUGACCCGUUGGAGUUCCGCAAGACUUUGUACGACCACCGAGCUGUUCUACCUAGCACAAUUCUGGGCAACAUUCUGUCCCCCGUUGCCGAGGUCGCUGAGACUGCCGAGGAGAUCGUGCUGAACCUCGUCGAGUCGGACUUCGCUACGUGUCCCUUGUGGGUUGAUCUGAUCGAGAGCGCUAAUGUGCGCCUGGUGUUCCGUGUGGUGGUGGUGGCAAAGCGACCGUCAGUGAAGGUCACGGCAGCUCGAAAGCUCAUUGACAUCGUCUUCUCCCACCCGGGUAUUCUCGAUGAUGAAGAGUCGGGCUUGUCGCCGGAAGAAAAGAGCUCGUUGGUGUCCAUGUUGAUCGAUUUCUUCGUCGACUUCGACCCGCGGACGUCUGUGGUGGGCGUUCUCGCUCUGACGCUUCUGCUCAAGCACGGGCAAACACUAAACGACGAGCAGAUGGAGAAGAUUGCGGUGGAUGGCACUGUGUCGCUGGUUUACUGGAUGCAGAAGGGCACAGAGCGCCACCAAGAGAACGCAGUGAAGAUCUUGCACGACGGCGUGACGGAUCCGGCUACUCUCAAGAAGUUUUACGAGCAGCUACAAGCGCCGUCGGUGCAACGGGAGACCGCGUUCUUGUUGGAGCUGGGCCAGCAGCUGCUUGAUGUAGAGACUAAGUCGAACCCUGAGGGGCUGUUCAAGCGAUGCAGGCUACUGCGAGGUCUUCUCCAAGAGACUGAUUACGAUGCGUUGCCGAGUGACUGCAUGGAAAUCAUUGAAGAGGUGAGUGCGUAUUUACUCGACUUGGUGGAGGAGAAAGGCAAUGAAUCCGAGCAUGAGGAUGAAGACGCUGAGGAGAAGAAGAUGAGGGAGAAGUUCUUGCUCGUCAUCACCGAUUUCCUGGCCGUGCUGGUGUUAUCCAGCUCCUUCCACUCCACACUGGUGCAUCAGGACGCGAUCGAGAAGCUGGCGUUUGUGCUCAACGAGCAGAAGAAGGCGACAGAGCCGUCAGCUCUGGUGGUCGAUCAAACGCGUCGUCUACUGAAGCAGCUGUGCGUCCACGAAGUUCCUCGCCUUGUUGCGUGUAAUGGCGUGGAGAUUCUGCUGGACUCUGUCAUGAAACAUGACGAGGACAGCGACGAAGGCUCCGAGCGCGUGGCUGAGAUGCUGGAGACCUUCAACUCUGUUGUGGAAUGUGGUUCAGCUGGUAAAUCUGCGCUGAUGGAUACGGAGGGCUUCCUUUCCAGCUUAGCCAGAGGUUUCAGGACAGUGUGCGGCGACCUCAGUGACGGGCACGAUACGUUGACUGAACACCUUCUCGGAACUGAUUUCGACGGCCGAAGCACCAACAUGGAGGUGGCGUGUGGACUGUGUCUCUUGGUGUUUCUACUCGCGCGUGGUGGUGGAUACCGUGAACGAGUGUUUAAAGAAACAGCUCUUAUGCAGCACAUUGUGACUAUGCUGGCAUGGUUCCCGUCCAUCUUUUCCACGAACGACAAGGCCGUGACGCCGGAGCUGAAGGCGAAGUUCGGCUUGAUAUUCGCGUCGGGACUUCCCUUCCUUGAAGCUGCUCUAGUGUCCGUCGAAGGAUCGUUGUUGGAGUCCGAGGACAAGGAGCUGUUCUUCAAGGGCACUUUGAGUGUGUACAGCAAGACAUUAAGAACAUUUGCAGAUGGCCACGAGGCAUCGGACCUCUUCCUUACUGCGUGCGAAGGACUGAAGAGUUUUUUCUUCAGUGACAGUGCCGCGUCUGUGUUGGCGGAGGAGGGACAGAAGGAGCUGGAGACGCUGUUGAAGGAGCAGGUUUUCCAGUCUCUCAAGGCAGCGAUCUACUCGAUGGACUGUGUGGUGGCGCUGUUGGAGAUCGCAGUCGCCGUGGUUCCUGCUCGCGCCGUGACGCCAGACGAGGAGAAGGAACCGGCACGAAGCUCGUGGCUCGUCGCUGGAGUGCUCCACGCGCUCUUCAACUUCGACGUCUUUGGAGACGACCUGGAUGUGUCGGUGCUGUUCACUUUGUUGCGACGCUUCUGCUCGUCUGCAACGAUUCGCAACUCCUUGUACGAACACGUGGACUACGAUCGACUUGUGGAGAUUUUGGUGGCUUUCGCUCAAGAUUCUAAGUGGCGACGAUGGCGUAAGUAUGCGCUGAGUAUGCUGCUGUUACUUGGAGAGGAUGGCGCGAUGGAACAUGUGAGUCAUGACAGAGGAACGAUGCCGAUGCUACAAGCAUCCACGGCCAGUUCGUUCCGCAACCGCGACAGUGAACAAUCCACGUGCGCGACGCGCUGUUUCCACUGUCGCCAGGUGGUGCAUGCCCCUUUGCUAGCCAAUCUAUGCGUCAUGCCGUGUCCGUAUUGUCAGAAGGCGGUCGCGGUCGCUUCCGAUAGCUCUUACUCAGCUGUCGACACGCUUCCGUCCGUCGUGGAGCACAAUGGCAGCAUCACUCUCGACGACGGAGCACUGUCCAAGAUCUCCUCAGACGGAUCCGACUUUGUCUGUGUCAACUGUAACAAUGUGCUCGAACUUCCCGAUGGUCUCGGCCCUUCCGAGAUCGUGUGUCCGCACUGUCUACAGCUCGCGUCUGUCAAGAAGACAAGCCAGUCAGUGCUGCCAGCGUUUAGUAGCGAGAAGAAACGGUCGUCAGCGUCGUCGGUGCACUCUGUGGAGUCAGGAGCAAGUUUGCCCAAAGACCCGUCCAUAUCGGGCAUCGACGUGCGGGACACCAAGGUGGUGAGCUGUGGACACUGCGCCAAACAUCUGAUCGUGAAGAACGGAGCGUCUGCAGUGAAAUGUCCAUCGUGUCACGGAGUCUCCAAGCUGUCGACCACGACGACUCAAGAAAUGAUGCGAUGCAAGAAUUGUAACACGCUGCUGAGCCUGCCUGCCGGUGCCAGAGCGUACAAGUGUAUGAAGUGCCUGCAGACGACGCGACUAUCGUAG